GCCACUGCUGGUCCCGGCCUUGCGGCCUGCGGGGGAGGCUGCCCGGAGGAGGUGGCGACGGUGGCAGCAGUGCACGUCCCCGGCCCCCAGGACCACGGCUUCCUUUCCGCCAGCAGAUCCAUCUGUCCAUCCAUUUGUGUGGAUCCACAAUGGCAACCUUCAGCCGCCAGGAAUUUUUCCAGCAGCUACUGCAGGGCUGUCUCCUGCCUACUGUCCAACAGGGCCUUGACCAGAUCUGGCUGCUCCUUACCAUCUGCUUCGCCUGCCGCCUCCUUUGGAGGCUGGGGUUACCGUCUUACCUGAAGCAUGCAAGCACCGUGGCAGGUGGCUUCUUCAGCCUCUACCACUUCUUCCAGCUGCACAUGGUUUGGGUCGUGCUGCUGAGCCUCCUGUGCUACCUCGUGCUGUUCCUCUGCCGACACUCCUCUCACCGAGGCGUCUUCCUCUCCAUCACCAUCCUCAUCUACCUACUCAUGGGUGAGAUGCACAUGGUGGACACCGUGACAUGGCACAAGAUGCGAGGGGCCCAGAUGAUCGUGGCCAUGAAGGCGGUGUCUCUGGGCUUCGACCUGGACCGGGGCGAGGUGGGUGCAGUGCCCUCACCUGUGGAGUUCAUGGGAUACCUCUACUUUGUGGGCACCAUCGUCUUUGGGCCCUGGAUAUCCUUCCACAGCUACCUACAGGCUGUCCAAGGCCGCCCACUGAGCCGCCGAUGGCUGAAGAAGGUGGCCCGGAGCCUGGCGCUGGCCCUGCUGUGCCUUGUACUGUCCACUUGUGUGGGCCCUUACCUCUUCCCCUACUUCAUCCCCCUCGACGGUGAUCGACUCCUUCGCAACAAGAAACGCAAAGCCAGGGGCACCAUGGUAAGGUGGCUGCGGGCCUACGAGAGUGCUGUCUCCUUCCACUUCAGCAACUAUUUUGUGGGCUUUCUGUCUGAGGCGACAGCCACAUUGGCCGGGGCUGGCUUCACAGAGGAGAAGGACCACCUGGAAUGGGACCUGACAGUCUCUAGACCAUUGAAUGUGGAGCUGCCCCGGUCCAUGGUGGAAGUUGUCACAAGCUGGAAUCUGCCCAUGUCUUAUUGGUUAAAUAACUAUGUUUUCAAGAAUGCUCUCCGCCUGGGGACCUUCUCAGCCGUGCUGGUCACCUACGCAUCCAGUGCCCUCCUGCAUGGCUUCAGUUUCCACCUGGCUGCGGUACUGCUGUCCCUGGCAUUUAUCACCUACGUGGAACAUGUCCUCCGAAAGCGCCUGGCUCAGAUCCUCAGUGCCUGCAUCCUGUCGAAGCGUUGUCUGCCAGACUGUUCACAUCGGCAUCGCUUGGCAUCUAUUGAGCACCUGCUGUAUACACACCUGGCAUUCGUUCCCCCCACUGAACAUUUAUUGAGCACCUGCUGGUUCUAGGUGCUGGAGACAAAGUGGUGAACAAAGCAGGCCAAAGUCCUGGCCCCGUGGGACAAAGAUUUUAAUUGGGGAGACAGUAAAGUCAGUCAAGGCUAAUAGUAGUUUGUCAGGUUGUGAGUAGCGCUAAGCAUAAGGGAAAUGGGAUGGGAAGUGUGGCGGUGGUUUCCCUUUUCAUUGGGAAGAUCAGGAAAGCCUCCAUGGGUGAGGCAACUUGUGAGUUCUUUAAGUAAAAAAAGUAAGGGAGGGGAGCAUCUUAGGAAAAGGGGAUACCCAGCAUAAAGUCCCACCCCAACAUGGGAAUCUUGGAGGAACAGUGAGGAGGCCAGCAUGGCUUGAGCAGAGUGAUGGGGAGAGGGGAAAGAUGGGCCCCCUAGGUCAGGGUGGGAUUUGUUUUGGUUUUGUUGUUGUUUUCAUUCUGUUUGCCAUAAGAAAUGCAGACAACCUCACAUUUGUCUCCCACCCGGCAACGAUGCUCAUCACCAUAUUCCCUGGCUCAAAGCCCUCACCACCAUUCUUGCUCCUCUGCCUGAACGCUCGCAUCUCCCCCAACCUGGACGCCCUCGUGGUUACCAACACCCUCGUCCUUGGAUACCUCUGAGCUCCCAUAAGAGGCUCCUUGAACCAUCUUUUUCCUAUCUCGGGGUACCCUGGGCAUCCUCAUUCCCGGGACCCACAGUGCCUGUGUCCUCCCUGGGCUUCCCUGCACAGGUGGUGGUGGGGGACAGUGGGCAGG